CCGUUACAAGCAACAAGGGAUACACAACAACAGCAACGGCGCACUGGCUGCUGCGGAACGCUGCACACACACACACAGAUACACACAGACACACGACAGAUACGACCACGACCACUGCGUGCACUGCGCCAGUUCUUGUUGUUGGCUGCUGAAGAGCAUCAUCAGCCCAGCCAAGCAAGCAAGACUGCGAGGCAAGGCACCACCACCCCCACCACCACAAGACCAUCACACAUCAGCUCUCGACAAGACACGACAUCAAUCUCGUAGCACACACACAUACGCACACACAGCAGCGAUAUGAACCCGCAUCAGACCCAGCACCACACCAGCUUCGCUGGGCGGAUGAUGCGCGAGACACAGCCACACCAGUACCAUGAACCACAGUGGCACUACGCUCGGGAGCACCAACAGCAACAUCCACAACAGCAGCAGCAGCAGCAGCAGCAGCAGCGCCAGCACCACCACGACGCAUUUCAAGGGCAGCCCGCCAACGCAACGGCAUACGGAUAUCAACCCCUGUACCUGAUCCCAGGCCAUCACCAGCGUGAGCCACACUCACACAAUGCCCAAGGCGGCGCAAACAUGCGUCAUCAAGGACCUCCUCCUUCUCGACAACAGGCAGCCCCGUAUGCCCACCAACACCAACACCAACACCACCAUCACCACCAGCCAACGCAGCAGCGACUGGAGCAUCGCUUCCAGCUCCAGCCUCCACAGCAACAGCACACUCAUGAUGCGCGUCACCAACGCCAGCAAGCGCAUUCGCAACCGCAGCAGGCGUACUCGCAAUCGGUUCAAGCGCCGCACUUUGCAUCUCACCCUUCAUCCCACAAUCCAAUGCCGCCUCUGCAUGGCCUCGUGGAUCCUGCGACAGGCGGGCAGGCCAUGCCCAUGUAUGUCCCGCCACCAACUUGGCACCACCAGCACCAGCAAGGCAGUUUCCGUGAUGGUGGUGGUGGUGGUGGUGGUGGGAGCUUCAGCUUCAACAGCCACAGCCACAGCCACAACCACAACCACAACGACGCCGCCACCACCAACAACUCCAACAACAACGCGGCAAGCAUUCAUGGAUCGACUCGAGCUGCGCCUGCUGUCUCCAUGCACAGCUGGCGCCUGCGGGGGCAGAACAAGAAGAGCAUGUCGCGGACAGUUGAUUGGGACUCUGCGCACACCACCGUGCAGCGUGUGUGCACCGUUGAUGGGCCAGCAGUUCCUGCCUCCCCAGCGCCUGUCGCAACCUCCGACGCGCAGCGACCCGACCAGAUGAAGCUGGAGUUGGCCGUGGAGGAGGAGCAGGCGUACAAGAAGGCGUAUGCCAAGGCCACCAACGCCGCACCGUACCCACCAACCGUGAACCCUUUGCUGCACUGUCGUGGCAUUGCGGCCAUUCGCCUCCUUGCCUCCCACUUCAGCAAGGACGCCAUCACGCGCGACUCUGCCUUCUUCCUCUUCCAGCGCGCCCUCACUUUGGAGCGCGUGCAGCUCUCUUGCCCCCUCGUCACUGCCAUGGCCGCCUUUAUGCUCGCUUGCAAGACGCGCGAGCAAGAGAUUAACGUUGAGCCGUGCGAUUGGAUGAUUGCGGCGCUUGGCGCAGCAGAUGUCACCAAGCAGGAUAUCGUGAGCAUGGAACUGCACCUUCUCCUCAGCUUUGAAUGGCACAUUCACCCGUUUGUUCCUUCUGAGCUCCUCUACCCAAUGCUCGUCAAGACCCUCAGCGUCGCAGAAUACACGCUGCUGCAAGUGCGGCACCCGACUGUGGACACGGUUGCCAUGCUGCUUCGGCUGGCCGACGCGUGCGUCUCGCACUUCUUCACCGGCAUGUACGAGCAAGAGCAGUCGCACACGAGCAUGCGCAGCAUCGCCAUCCUGGCCAUGGUGUGUGCGCGGGCGUGCCUUGGGCUUGGCGAGCAGGGCUGGUCCGCCACACUCCGCGCAUGGGCUGAAGAGGAGGAGCAGCACAACCGCGCACCAAGGCCAAGCUUUGACGCGCACGUUGCACGCGUCACAGAGCUGUUUAAGGAUGUGGGUGGCGAUGUGCGUGUUGGUCUGGAGGCAAAACCAUCCGCCAACGACGACAGCGGCAUCAUGAGCGCGCCGCACACGCCUAUGCCCUUGCAAGGGGCGCGUAAAGAGCCCAACAGCAGCAGCAGCAAUGCACAGUCACAACCGCAUGCGCAUUUCCGGGCGAUGCGUGGGUCUCCGCUGCUUCCGAUGCAGUCUUCCCAGCGCACACACGACAGCAGCAGCCAAGACGACGAUGCCGAUGAUGAUAGUGAUGAGAAUACAACGGCAGGAGUGAUGCUGACACGACGAGAGAGCAUGGAGCCAUUGAGGCCGCGGCACGGUUAUCACAGACAGCCUAUUGCGUUUGACAGUGACGAGGAUGAUGAUGGUGAUGGUGGUGUUGAUGACGACGAGAAGGAGAACGGGGUUGCAUGUGCGGGUCGACAUUGGGCAGCAAGAGCGCCGCUGUUUGCGCUCACUGCAGCGCGGCCCUCAUAUGAUGAUGAUGAUGAUGAUGAUGAUGAUGAUGAUGAUGAUGAUGAUGAUGAUGAUGGCACGGAGCAGCACCGGCGUGCAUUCGGGCUCGGGAGCUCACGGCAGGGUGCAGUGGUGAUGGCGGCCCCUCGCCAGCCGCUGCAGCCCAUCGACCUUGAUCACGGCUGGGACGACGACGAUGAUGAUCACGACGACGAGAACUUUGUGGUGCACAGCAUACAGAUGGAUGCUGGUGUCGGUGAGCCUGCGCGUGGCAGUGUACCCGCAUCGCAAUCGCAUGCUGGCAGUGCUGGCCGUGGCUUGGUGUGGAGCCCUGGCAACACGUUGGCCAUGGGCGUGCGUGGCCUCUCCACGCAAUCGCCAUCGUGUCCGCUCAGGACUGACACGAUGCCGUGGCCUGGCACAGGCAUCACGCCCCGUGAUGGUGGCGACGAUGACACCUACGACAGCGAUACGCAUCCCCAUGAACUGCAACCUCGUCAUAGCCACAGUCACAGCCACCACCACCACCACCACCACCAGAGCAGCAUUGAUGAGGACGCGGCGGUGGCUGUUCGUGCGCGCCCUUCGCGACAGAACUCGCAACGCCACCGACGACGACGGCGGCGGGCCACCACGGCGCCCCGGUCGGCAGCCAGGAAAUGAGAUGGAGCAAGCACGCACGUGCAGCUGCAGGAGGGAGCAGCAAGAAAUCUGAUGGCUUGCAUGUGUAUGUGAGUGUAUGUAUGUAUGUAUCUUAAUGAAGGAGAGCCGUGCAUUGAAGCUGCUGGUCAGCGUUGGUUGGUUUUGUUUUUGUUUGGUUUUUCUUGCUUGCUUGUGUUCGCCCGCUCUGGUUGCAACGUAAUGUAACGAUAUCAUGACUGUGACUUUCACG